GACAGCCACAAACAUGAUGGAGAAAAGCAAAUUUAGUUCUGAUAAACGCUUCUGCAGCAUUUGCUUGCAGAUAUUUUGUCCAAAUAUCUUUUUAGGGGCCUGCUGUAUUGAAUCAGACUGCUGAGACAAAUAAGAAAUUGAAAUGCAUAAAUCUGCUUCUAUUGAGGGAAACAAAGAAAAGCAGAGAGAAAAUUGAAGUCUAAUGUCUGUGGGACUCUUUUAGGGCUCUGCUCUCAUCUUCUCAUCUUCCCUCCCAGGUUCUUUGAACACCCUUAUAUUUACUUUCUCUCUCCUGCCUUGUACACUAACAGCCUCUGUUCCUGUAAGUCUUAUCAAUGGCUGGUUUUGAAUUUCCGAACAUAAUCUCUCAAUGGGAUGCAUUGUGGAGACUGCCUGUGGAUUCAGGAUAAAUGCAUUAUUCAGAGAGAGUCUGUAAAGCAGCCUGAAGUUCGGCUCAUCUCCAUCUUCUCUCUGGCCAUGUUGGACAUCCCUGCUGAGUACAUACUGCACAACCUGGAACAGUAAUAGAAACGUGCUGGAUCUCAAUAUCAGCCACACAAAAUUCAGUUACCAUCAAGAUUUGACACUCAAAAUAUGUACAAAUAUCAUUCCAUAAAAUCUGCUCUGUGACAUUGAUUUGUCUUCAUUUUAAAUGGCUGAAAAGCAAAUCAGCCUGCCAGCUAAACUCAUUAAUGGAGGCAUUGCUGGAUUGAUUGGUGUCACUUGCGUGUUUCCAAUUGAUCUGGCAAAAACACGCCUCCAAAACCAGCAAAACGGAUCUCGCAUCUACACUAGCAUGUCCGAUUGUCUGAUAAAAACUAUCCGAUCAGAAGGAUUCUGUGGGAUGUACAGAGGAGCAGCUGUUAAUCUGACUCUGGUAACUCCAGAAAAGGCCAUUAAACUGGCAGCCAAUGAUUUCUUCAGACACCAGCUCUCCAAGGAUGGACAGAAGUUGACGUUGUUUGGAGAAAUGUUAGCUGGCUGCGGGGCGGGUACCUGCCAAGUGAUUGUAACCACUCCUAUGGAGAUGCUCAAGAUCCAGUUGCAGGAUGCCGGCAGAAUAGAGGCUCAGAGGAAGCUAAUUGGCCAGCAUGGUGGAGGAGGCGGGGCCAAAGUGAAUGUUGUCCAGCUGAAGUCUCCCACAGCGCUCCAACUCUCUAGAGAUCUGCUGAAGGACAAAGGCAUCGCUGGUCUCUACACGGGACUGGGGGCCACUCUAUUACGGGAUGUGCCCUUUUCCAUCAUCUACUUCCCACUGUUUGCUAACCUGAAUAGCCUGGGCAGGAGGAACACUGAUGGUUCAGCUCCAUUUUACAUCUCCUUCCUCUCUGGCUGUCUGGCAGGCUGCACUGCGGCUGUCGCGGUCAACCCUGUGGACGUGCUAAAAACCAGGCUUCAGUCUUUGGCCCGUGGACGUCACGAUGACACUUACAGCGGAGUGAGAGACUGUAUCCGUAAGAUUCUCCAUCGCGAGGGUCCCUCUGCGUUCCUGAAGGGGGCGUACUGUCGCGCACUGGUCAUCGCUCCGCUGUUCGGCGUCGCACAGGUGGUGUAUUUCCUAGGAGUCGGUGAAUUUGUUCUCAGUCUCCUGCAUGGACAAAAACACUGAAUCUUUACUGUGGACGGAGCCGCUGAUUUUGGAACAGCUACUUGUAGUCAAACUGCAGCAAUAUUAAUAAAAUGAUAAAUUGUUAUGCACUAAAAAUAAAAAUGUAUGUAGAAACAAUUUUUACUCAGCAGUUGUUAGUAAGUUUCACAAAUAAUUACAAAGAAUCUGCAAGUAACACUUUGAUUUAAGUGCAAUAAUUUGUAAUAACAGUAGAAGGAAUGAAAUGUAUUUUCUUGUAAAA